AUGGUGCUGCUCACUUCAUCGCAGGUCUCUGCCAUUGUGUCGAUGGGGGUGGUCUGCAUCUUCACUCUGUUAUUAUUCGUCUCUGGCUACGUUUUGCAGCAGAAUUCAGUGAAAAACAUCCAGCAUGCGCUGCGAAGGCCUCCUGAUAUCGCAGGAGAGCGUAGACGCCCCGAAUCCUCAUUCCAGAAAUCGGCGCACAAACGUGGUUUAUCAGAUUCGGAUAUCCGGCUAGGGGCCGAUCAAGGAAUCUUACAAGGAGGUCAAGAUCGCCACGGAGUAUCAAGAGGCAAUUAUGCAUAUCUGCAGCUACUUGCGAGGCCUGACCCCUCCGACAUCUGCUCUGCUGUUCUGUUCUUCAAACAGCUCGCUACAAAUGGCUCUGCCAUUCAAGACCGCCUCUUUAUGUAUCCCGAGGAGUGGGACCGCAUGUCUACGAAAAAGCUAGGAAAGCCGGCGUCCUUAGCUUUAUCAAUUCUUCGAGCCGCAAGUAUGAAGUAUGGUAUUUGGCUUUUGCCAAUCGAUAUGAGUGCUGCUACGACGCAGGGCUUUUCAUUGACAGAUACCAAAUUACUCCGCUUAGGCCAAAUUCAAUUCAUGCAGUAUGACAGUGUAUUAUAUUUGCAAUCGCCUGGAUUAAUUCUUGAUACCGAGAAACUCGACAAAGUGCUUCUUUCGCAGCCGCUGCCACUCAUACAUGACCUGAAUCGGCCUGAGUCAUACAACAAUGAGGCGUGGACCCCUAUGGCAUUGCGCCCUGACCGUGACGCUGAGCUUCCACCUGCAUACCUGAUCACGGUCAAUAAUGUCGACGGCGGGCGCGUGCAGACCCGUACUCAUGUUCCAAACACCGACCUUGACGGAUUCGGAAAUUUGAUAACAGGGCCAUGGGGAGUGCACUCAGCAGUCAGCGAUAGUGGGGCCUUUGAUCAGCAGGGCUAUGUUUACUUCGAGAAUGAUCGCGACGGGCAAGUCAAGUGGGCUGGAAAUCCGCUUUUUGGAACAUGGCGAUCGCAACAGCACGAGGUAUGCGAAGGACUGAACUUUGAUGACGAUUUUUCUCAUGACGGGCAAUGA